AAGUGGAGCUUGAAGUGGGGCUUCAAGAGAGAAGCGAAAGAAGGUAGAGAAAAUAAGCAGCAAAGUGGGUAGGAGAUUGGGGGGUUUAAGGAGAAUUGAGUUCAUUGUUUUGUUCUAUCUUGCAGAAAAAAUUAUGCAAGAGAUUGAUGAAACUUGUGGAGGUUUUCCAAAGAGAGCGAGUAACUCUCCGUUUCAAUACCGUUCUUCUUCUGGACAUUGUGGAUUGACUCCAGUCUUGGCUUCAUACAAUUCUGCCGUGGUUUAAACGUUUCUCCGAUGGAGAAUUGGAGAUGUAUUUUGGCAUUUGGACAAGCACUAGCAGUCUAGCAUUAUUGGCUAAAUUUGAAAAUUUUUUGGGUGCAUUAAUUAUUGGUUUGUUAUCAUUUUGGUCUAGACAAUUUACUAUUCUUCUUAACUGGUCCAAAAUGAAAGAGCCAUUCAUCCAAGUUUCGUUAGUUCUUCUUAAGAAAUUCCAUGUCAGUUC